UGGCGGAUGAAUGUCCUCCGAACGCUCCCGUGCGCGACUUCACGGUGAAUAUGUUACCCGUAGUUUGGGAGCGCGGUGUUUGACAGCGCUGUCGCCGUUCGUGAGCGCGCAUCUGCGAGGUAGGAGCGCGUUCGCGGCGCCGCAUCACCGCGCGGACUGAGAGAGAGCGCGCGAGCGAGGUCGCGCUCAGCACUUACUUUUUGGCGCGGCUCACACAGACAGAGAGAGACUGUCGCAGCCACCGUCUCGGUCUGUCUCGAGCAGGUCAGGCGCCGCGGCACGAGGCUGCGCGUGACGUGCCCGAGAAGGGGGCCGCGCGCUCUGCCCCGCCCGCCGGCCGGCCGGCUGGCCGGCCCGUUCUCAGGUUCUGCGCAGGCCGCCGGUCUCUCUGCUGCUGCAGGGACUGGAGGGACCGCGGCCACGGUUUAGGGGCUCACACACACUGACUGAGCUCAUCAUGGCCGCGGUGGGUCUGCUUGCCGGCGCCUGGCUCUUGCCCCGCAGCUGUCGGACUAGGGCUCCUUUCGUGGCGGGCUCUCUGCGACCUUUGACCUCCCAGGGGGCCCGGCGUGUGCAGCUCAUCUCGGUCUCGGAAUCAUGCCCGGCGGCGGCGGCGGCGGUGUCCCUCCAGGCGAGGCGCGCGGUGCACCGCGACCCCCCGCUGUGCGCGGGCCACAACAAGUGGUCCAAGGUGAAGAACGUGAAAGGACCACGAGAUGCGGUGCGCAGUCAGGUCUUCAUGAAGCUGGUCAUGAUGAUCAGGGUGGCGGUCAGAGAGGGAGGAUCCAACCCGGAGUUCAACGCCCAGCUGGCCAGCCUUGUGGAGCAGUGCCGCAGCAAGAGCAUGCCCAAGGCCACCAUUGAGGCUGCCAUCAAAGGGGGGGAGAAGCAGAAGGGAGGAACGUCCAACACCUACGAGGCCCGGGGACCAGGAGGCUCCAUGCUGCUCAUCGAGGUUCUGACUGACAAUAACACACGGACCCAUCAGCAGCUCAAACACCUGAUUCAGAAACAUGGUGGGACGAUGGGUGACGGGGCGCGACACUGCUUCGUGCGCAAAGGAGUGGUGGUGACAGCGGGAGAGGGCGUAUCCGCGGAGCGUGCGCUGGAGCUGGCCAUCGAGGCUGGGGCUGAGGACGUGCGGGACGCUGAGGACGAGGACGAGAAGCCGUUGCUGCAGUUCAUCUGCGAGCCAUCGUCUCUGCGCGGCGUACGGAGUGCCCUGGAGUCCCUGGGUCUGGCCACGCAGUCCGCCGCUCUCGAGUUCGUGUCCUGCAACCACGCCGUCCUGCCGCUGGAGCAGCUAGAGGCUGCCUCUCAGCUACUCGACUCCCUCAACGAGCACCCAGACGUGGUCCGAGUGUGGGACAAUAUUCAAGCGCAGGACUGAAUGCUGAGAAAACAGUAGAGAACGUCCACACGAUUGCGCGCCUCUGGAACGCUGCUCCGUUACCGUUUACGAGUGGACGCUCACGCAAGGAGUCGGCGAUGUGACUUCUCAGCAGUCGUCGAUGUUAUGAAAUCAUUUCAAGAAUGAUUGAAAAUCAGGAACCGGCCAGUCCGUGCAUCAGGAGAAUGGGGAGCUGGACCUUCUGCCGUCUUCAUGUAGGAUUGCGCAAUACCUGCGGACGCGCCGCUGAGGACGAAGUUGUGCGAUUCAUGUAUGACAACACGUCGCUCAGACCCCUCUCGGCCGUUUUGAACGGUUUGAAAAAGGAAUCGUUUUGUGUUUUUUCACGUUUCCUUUUGCAACACGCUAAUACAAGAAAAGCAAAAUGGUAAACAACUUUAAUUUGCAUAUGAAUAUCUAUUCUACAUUCAUUUGAUUAUCGGACCCUUUGCCCACUCUGUGUCACGUUAGACUUUCAGACUCGCAGUGCUAGUUGUUUGUAUGUCGGGUACCAGCUGUGCAGAGUGAGUCUCUCUUUCUCCUCCACCUUUUCCCAGCAUUACUAUCAUUACCAGAGAACACAGUAGCUCUGUACACUGUAUAUCUAUCACCAUAGUACAGUGCUCCAGUUCUCAGAUGAUUAAAGUUCCCUUUUUUUGUCCCAUGGCUGAUUGAGAGUAAGUUAAAAUUGGAAGAAUGGCACAGACUUUUUCUUAUUUAAAAGAGAUACU